UCUGUGCGUUGGAUGACUGUAAUGUUUGUAAAUUAGUGUCGUGUGAGGUGUUCUGUGGACGUAAUAUUUGGAAGCUGUUUCCAAAUAUUGAGAAAUGGCGGGUACUUCUUACACGGCUUCACUUCGAGGAGGUGGCCCGUGGGGUUUUCGACUGCAAGGUGGCAAAGAUUUUGGCAGUCCUUUGGCGAUUUCGAAGGUGACACCAGGUUCUAAAGCCGAUCUUGUUGGAAUAAAAUCAGGGGAUUAUAUUCGCGAGGUAAAUGGUGACACCACGGAGAACAUGAGUCAUUUCGAAGCUCAGGAUUGUGUCAGGAGGGCUGGGCAGAAUCUCGACUUACUGCUUGAAAGGAAAGAGGGGACUAAAACAGUUACAGUGACAGAAACUGUACACUCUGCAAAGGUGGAUCACAAAUUUAAUGCAAGGGCAAAACCCUUUGGUGCAUCAUCACCUCCAACUCAGACCCCGCAGCCAUCAGUUCCAGUUGCUGUCCACUCAUCUCCAGCAGGUAACACAUCCUGGCAGCCGCCAACAUUCCAGGCUCAACGUGCUCCUGUUGCAAAAACUGGACCAGCAGGAUUGUCAGGUCCCCCAACUCCUCCACCGCCCCCAAAUCCAGCUAACUAUGCCAGAGGAAGCCCUGAUCACCCAGACAGUGGAGUUUCAAGACCAAGCUAUGAUGACAGAGAUCUUGCUCAACAUUUUAAACUUGAUAUCAGUGAUGAUGGAGAUGUGGGCUUUGCUGAUGAGCCACCAACUUGGGGUCAUCCGCCAGAUCCCAAAGUCCAGUCCAAGUCUUUUAAGAGACUUCAGAAACAUCUGCAGGAAGCAGAUGAGGAUGAUUUACCUCCACCUCCCCCUGAGGCUUAUAAUGAACCUGAGGAGGAUGCAGAUAAGCAAGUGCAAUCAAGAACUUUUAAAAUGCUUCAGGAUGCUGUGGAAGGAGGAGAUGCUCCAGGGAGUGUCUUUGACAGGCAGAAGGCAGAUCGCUCUAAGCCUUCCAAUACUCCGCUACCCAAAAUGUACAGACCCAAUCCACCCGUUAUCAAACCUGCUCGGGAUAUGCCGGUGGCUCCACCUGCGCCAGUCAUGGCCAGGCCAGGCCAGCCUGCCCCUGUUGCAUUACCAGGGAUGGUUCAGAUGAACCAGCCGUCUGAGCCAGUGCGGCAUCCAACACAGAAACUACCGUCAUCUGCCUCUCCUGCGGCAUUGUCUCCUACAUCAUCCCCUGGGCAGCCUGAAUGGAAGAGGACACCUUCAAAGCCCCCUUCUGCACACUCUGUAGAGGAGACCAGAACUCCUUUUUGUGAUGCUUGUGGAGAGGAAGUUUUUGGACCUUUUGUGAGUGCAAUUGGUAAGGCAUGGCAUCCACAUCAUUUUGUAUGUGAUGGAUGUGGUGAAUCAUUACAGAACCAGGGCUUUAUUGAGGAGGGUGGAAAACUGUACUGUGAGAAGGACUUUAAUAAGUACUUUGCUCCUCAUUGUGAAACUUGUAAGCAGCCUAUAGUUGGGCCAAAGAGUCUGCAUUCAUGCCCACCAGCGGUGCCUCCACCGUCGAGUGCAAUGCUUAAGGCAAUACGCGAGGGUUCCAUGAAUUCCAAAAAUCCUACAGAAGUCACCGCAAAAGCGAAAAACAAAAGAUUUAACAGUGCGUUAACUUUAAAGAAAGAACCAGAGGAAAACCACGCUGAAUGGAUGAAUGGCCAUCAGUCCAAUUAUCCUUCAUCCGGAUAUGGAAUAAGCUAUCUUCAGAAAAGAACCUCGUUUGAGAGUAAGAACAAUUUGCCGGCUUCCUCGGGAGUUUCAAAUGCAGCCAGGGUUGGAACUUCAGACAAUGCUCGCGUAGAACCUGGGGUGGGGUCCAUACGGGAGAAAGUUGUGUCCUUAAAGGAGGCUGUUCGUAGCGCUACUGAACGAGAAGCCAAAGCCAGAGAAGGAAUACCUCCCGCUGUAAAACGCUUUAAAGAAGCGAAAAUUUUACUGGCAAAACUCGAGCGCAAGAGAUUCAUAGCCGAGGAUAAGGUAGCUAAGCUAGAAGAUCGUAUUCAGGAUCAACAAAGAAGAUUAGAUAGUAAAUACAGAUCUCUGAAUGAGAACUGGCAGGUAAACCAUAAGAUCGAGCGCCAGAAAUCAGACGACUUGAGGAACAUUAGAAACAUCGAGUAUGAACUGACGGAGGUGAAAGCAGCAAGGGAGGCUUCUAUGCUGCGCGCUCGCGAGGCGUCGCGCCGCGCCGUUGUCAUCCAGUCCGCGCUUCAAAACGCGGAAGACCGAAAGCGCGAGCUUUACUCGCGCAAACGCACGUUGCAGGACAUGUUGGAAAUGUACCGCAAGCGAAUGAAAGAUCUGAAGAACACGUACCAAGAGAAAGGCGCCACUGUAGAAAACAAAUUCCUACAGAUGAAUCUGAUGGAGGAUUACAUAGCAGAUAGCAACGAACGCUUUGGUCGGGCAGAGAGAAGGCUGCUACCUCUGAAGAUCUACAUCAAUCAACUACAUGAUUCCAUCGACCAGGCGAGAAACGAAACCCGCCAUGCAAGUUACCUUCUGGCCAACUGUCAACAGCGGCUGAAAGGACGAAAAUACACUUACUAUCCGUUUGAUAAAUAACGUUCCAAUCGAGCGAGUGUUCGUCUGUAGAACAAACUAGCUUUAAGAAAAAAACGAUACAAGCGGAGUAGAGUUCCUUUGUGGUUGUUGCUUCUGUCUCUGGUAUUGCUGAAGUGACUAUUGCGCCCAGUUUUUCAGAGAUUUUUUCUUUCUCAUGUUUAGUUCCCUGUAGUAAGCAUUUAAAAGCACUGUAGUUACGUUGAUUUAGUGGUUGAAGAUGCACCGUGGUUGAGAACCAAAGUAGUAAGGGAUGUUGUGCUUGUUUCUUCGGUUUCUAGUCUCGUACUUUGGGGCCGAACUAGAGGCAUCCCACUGUUGUGUUCUGCAGGCUCCUAACCCUAACUGUUCAACCGAGGAGGGGUAAGGGGAACAGAGCGCAAUUUCCAAGGCCCAGUUAGCUUGACCUGUAAUCAUCAAAGUGGGUUAAGGUUGCUGACGGGAAUAUCAUUUGGUGCCUUCAUUUUUUAUACAUGGAGAGUGUUCUUACAAAAAUUGUAAGGCAGCGUAGAAAUAUUCUUAUUAACACUGGUUUGCUGUGCUAGCGAUCUGAACAGACGCGUUGGUUCCAGCACAAGUCAUACGAGUCGUAUUUAGUUAGUAGAGUAGUAAUUACAUUUAAUCAUUAUUUUCUUUGAAGUGAACUGAUGAAUUAGUGUCUAUCCUAUGGUGGCUACUCAAAAUUCGUAGAAUCCAUCGAAUCUUUCUAGUCUAACGUAGAAAGUAAAAGCGUACCUCAUUCUUUUAUACUUUUACACUUACAUGAAUAGUUUUAGAAACGCUUGUUUGUUUUGUACAGUAUGGAAGAGUUUGAAAAACAUUAAGUUCUGGUGUAGUGUGUAUGAAUAUAUACAAAGUGUAGGUUCAUGUUGAUCAAAGGCAGUGCUAUUUUUGUACUCAUGUGUAGGCAGACCUUAUUCGGAAAGCUAGAGAUCUAAAUGGAGGCAGAAAGGUUAUUUUUCUCCCGUUAAUUUGCCUGCUUAUGAUAACACACUCCUUCAUUGCUCAACAGGAGUAUAUUGUUGAUGCCAGUAAGAUACACACUUUUCUAAGAAAAAACGUAUUUUCAAACACAAGGAAUAAUAUAUUUUUUAAAGUAAUUAUAUUUACUUAACAAGAUAUUUAUUUUAUAGUUUUGAAAUUAACUUUCUGAUGUUUUUUUUAAGUUCAUCUCCUGAAUUUAGUCAUUAAAUUUAGCUUUUCGAAAUAA